AAAGAGUGGAGCCGGACCAGCGGCGGGGAUUUGGACACUUCUUCCCAUUUAAACACGUUUCCUCUCGAAGUGACCCAUAUAGAACAGCUCAAGUGGUAUUUCGACAGAUAACGGAGACAUGGCCACAGAGCAUAUAAAUGGAAACGGUACUGAAGAACCAAUGGAGCCCUCAGCUGCAGUUACCCAUUCAGAACACUUCCAGACUUUAUUAGAAGCUGGGUUACCUAGAAAAGUUGCUGUCAAACUAGACGAAAUUUACGUAGCAGGUCUGGUUUCACACAGUGAUCUUGAUGAUCGGGCAAUUGAAGCUCUAAAAGAGUUCAACGAAGAGGGUGCCCUGCAAGUCCUCCUGCAGUUUAAAGACAGCGAUUUGUCUCAUGUGCAGAACAAAAGUGCCUUUCUGUGUGGAGUAAUGAAGACAUAUAGGCAGAGGGAGAAACAGGGGACCAAAGUGUCAGAUUCCAGUAAAGGACCAGAUGAGGCGAAAAUCAAAGCUUUGCUUGAGAGAACUGGAUACACACUUGAUGUGACAACAGGCCAGAGGAAGUAUGGCGGUCCUCCUCCAGAAUCCACCCACUCAGGAGCACAACCCACAAUUGGCACAGAGAUUUUUGUGGGAAAGAUCCCGCGGGAUCUCUUUGAGGACGAGCUAGUGCCUCUGUUUGAGAAAGCAGGGCCCAUCUGGGAUCUGCGCCUGAUGAUGGAUCCCCUCAGCGGCCUGAACAGGGGCUACGCCUUUGUCACAUUCUGCACUAAAGAAGCUGCUCAACAGGCGGUCAAGCUGUGCAACAACAGUGAAAUUCGACCUGGUAAACACAUUGGCGUUUGUAUCUCUGUGGCCAAUAAUAGACUGUUUGUUGGCUCUAUACCGAAGAGCAAAACAAAGGAACAAAUAGUGGAAGAGUUCUCAAAGGUGACCGAGGGCUUAAAUGAUGUCAUAUUAUAUCAUCAGCCGGAUGACAAGAAGAAGAACAGAGGCUUUUGCUUCUUGGAGUAUGAGGAUCACAAAACGGCGGCCCAGGCGCGGCGCAGGUUAAUGAGUGGGAAGGUGAAAGUGUGGGGCAAUGUGGUCACUGUGGAGUGGGCCGACCCCAUCGAGGAUCCUGACCCAGAGGUCAUGGCUAAGGUCAAAGUCUUAUUUGUCAGGAAUCUAGCAAGCACUGUAACGGAAGAGUUAUUAGAGAAGACAUUCAGCCAGUUUGGAAAACUGGAGCGGGUGAAGAAGCUGAAAGACUACGCCUUCAUUCACUUUGAGGAUAGAGAGAGCGCUGUCAAGGCCUUAUCUGAUAUGAACGGUAAGGAAUUAGAGGGUGAACAAAUCGAAAUCGUCUUUGCCAAGCCACCAGACCAGAAGAGGAAGGAACGCAAGGCCCAGAGGCAAGCGGCCAAAACACAAAUGUACGAUGAGUACUAUUACUAUGGCCCACCACACAUGCCUCCUCCUACGAGACUCAGGGGGCGUGGAGGCAGAGGGGGGUAUUUGUACCCCUACGGCUAUGAAGACUAUUACGAUUACUACGGCUAUGACUAUCACAACUACAGGGGAGGUUACGAAGACCCAUAUUACGGCUAUGAGGACUUCCAGACUCCGGGGAGAGGGAGAGGAGGCCGAGGAGGCCGCGGCCCCACGCUGACCAGAGGCCGAGGUUCUGCCACGCCAAGAGGCAGGGCGGGGUUCUCACAGCGUGGAGGGCCGGGAUCCAGCCGGGGCACCCGCGGCUCCAGAGGUGGGGCUCAACAGAGAGGACGAGUGCAGGGAAAGGGGGUGGAGGCUGGUCCUGACCAGUUAGUAUGAAGACUGACUUUCUACAUGGGGUUACACCGGAAGCUGCCAAUGGAUAUGAUGGUAAGGUCAACGCGAUGGUCCAAUGAUAUUCCAGCCUUACAGAAGCAUAUCUCCCACACUGCCACCCUCAAUCAACGGAAAUCCUGAAUCGACAUGCUUGGACUUGCUGUUAUGUUUUUGAUGGGAGCCUUGCAUACAAAAAAAAUUAAUCAAACUAGCCACCUCCCCCCUGUAAUAUUCCCCAAACUUACCCCAAAGUUUGCCAUUUUAAGUAAUUAUCAAAGUCCUAAAGGAUACUGAAUUGUCAAAUGUAUUUUGCACUUUUUUAAGUUUCUAAGUUUGAAGUGGCUCAAAGGAGCUUGAUGCUAAUGUAUAUUUUUGUGUUAAUUGCAAAUUUUAUUGUCGGAAUAUCCAUGUAAAUCUAAAGUUUUGAUUUGGAUGAGAUGAGAAACAUCUGCAGGUCUUUUGGUGUAACCACCUUGCAUGGAUGUCAGGCAUUCCAGGAAAGUGGUUCUUUUCAGAACUUGUCUUUUUAAAGGGUUGGUUAACUACCUCAGUAUUGGAGGAUUAAACUACCCUGCCUGUACUGUAAAUAGGGAACUUAUACUGACGAAAGCAAGGCUUGUUUUCCUAUGAAAUAUGCACAAGAGCAGCAGCAGCUCAACAGAUGUACUUAAUGUAAUAUAGUCAUUUUUUUUGCUGCUGCUCGGACACUGCGAACAGUCAAACUGGGCAUGCAAAAAUUAAUCUCAUAUGAUGAGCCUCAAAACAAGCCUUGCUUUUGUCGCAGUUUUUUUGGAACUGAAUUAGCUGCCUCGCUUCUUCAGAUUAUGUAGUUACUGGUUGUAUGAUUGUAUGAUAGUUUGGAAUAAAAUGUUACUUUUUUUGUAAAAGGCUUGAACAUCACAAAAGCAUCAUCUGCUUUUGGAAAAGCCCUGCAGUGUCUCCUUUUCUCCCUAACACGACAGCUUCUCUCUCUCUCUCUUUUUUUUUUUUUUAAACAAAAACAAACAAAAAAAAAAGCUUUACACAGCAAACAAUUAUGUCUAGUACCAUCAUCCAUUUUGUUUCAAGAUCUUAAACUCGAAAUCAUGCUCGGAAUUGAAUGAUCCUGUUGGGACUUUUAAGCUAGCAGCCUUUUUUUAUCUAGUGUGGUAGAGAUAAUGCCAGCCAACCACGGUUGGUUCCUGUGGCUGUGUCUUAAAAGCAAUACACGGUGUCGUUCAAUGGGAAAAUGGGAUGCUGCAGCUUUGGUUUAUAUUCCAUGUAUAGCAAGCAGGUGACAGACCCAUUCAACCGGUUUUGUAUACAGUUAACUCCCUCUCCGUAAAGCUGUAUCCACAGUACAGCCCGUCGAAAAAAAAAAAAUGUUAGCAGUUUUAAACUGUUGUUGGUGGCCAACAACGUUUUUUGCAUU